UUCGUUCGAUUCCUCAUUCUGUGGCGGAACCAGUUGUUCCGCAAAGUGUGCGUCCUGGGGGACGUAUUUUACUGCUGUACCAGCUCCCGCUUCUUCCGGUCCAUGCUUCCACCACAAACACCACCGGUGGGCCUCUCGACUCGGCGUGAGUUUUUCCCCACAGCGACACCAGGACGCUGAUCCCGCGCGUGUGCCUCCCACGGUUCCUCCAGCGUGUCUCGCUGCGUGUCGGCCCCCGUCUCGGGAUGAAGCUCAUCACGCACAACAUGCUGACCUCGCACGUGAAAGGGGUCACCAAGGGCUACCCGCUGCUGAUUAAAGCCACGGAGGUGCAGGUCAGUGAGGUGGAGUUUAACCCGGAGUUCCUGUCCCGGAUGAUUCCCAAGCUGGAGUGGGGGGUGCUGGUGCAGGCGGCCGACAGCCUGGGCCACCUGAACGACCUUCCUAACGAGCUGGCUCCUGAGCACGAGAAGGACGAGGAGUUCCUGCGCAGGGUCCACCGCGUGCUGCUGGAGGUGAGCUGGUACUGCGCACACUCA